AUGGGUGGUAUAUUUAGUCUGUUUUCCCGACUGUUUGGAAGUAAAGAACGGAGAAUCCUCAUCUUAGGCUUAGAUGGAGCCGGGAAAACGACAAUUCUCUAUAGGUUACAGGUUGGUGAAGUGGUAACAACCAUUCCUACUAUUGGAUUCAAUGUAGAAACAGUUGUUCACAAAAAUCUUAAAUUUCAAGUAUGGGAUUUAGGCGGUCAAACUAGUAUUCGACCAUAUUGGCGUUGUUAUUAUGCGAAUACUGAUGCUAUUAUUUAUGUAGUGGAUAGUAUGGAUAAAGAUCGAGUUGGAAUUUCUAAACAAGAAUUAUUUUCUAUGCUUGAGGAGGAAGAGCUUCGUGGUGCUGUACUGGUAAUAUUGGCAAAUAAACAAGAUAUAUCUGGUUGUAUGACUAUCAGUGAAGUAGCACAAUCACUUGGCUUAGCUGCAAUUAAAAAUCGACGUUAUCAAUUAUUUAAAACAUCUGCAUUAAAAGGUGAAGGAUUGGAAGAAGCCAUGGAUUGGUUAUCGAACACUCUGUGUACACAGAAAUGA